AUGUCCGCCACUACCACCGCCAUCACCACGAAGACCCACGUGAAAUCAGGCCCAAAGGGCAAAGGCGGCGUCCCGAGCAAGCGUCCCCUCCGCGACGAGGACGAUGACAAGGGCAGCGACGAGGACGCUGGCGACGGCGGCAAGAAGAAGCCAGCCAGUAAGGUGCCACGCGCCUACAACGACGGCAUCGGCACCGCCGCCAGCGAGCGGUUCGGCCUCCCCAACGACAUCGCCAUCAGCUCCAUAGAGCUGCUCACCUACUUCCCGAAGCACGCCGCGCUCUGGCCAGAGCUCCUCCUCCGCCUUGUCCGCAACGACUUCUCCCUCCCAGAAUGUGCAGUCCGCCAGCUCUACGCCCGUGGCAACCUCGACAAGGCCGAGUUCACCCGCCGAUACGCCUCCCUACGCAAGGCCGCCAAGACAGCAGGGCAGAGGAAGUUCAAUGACCCUAACUUCACCCUCACAAGCUACAAGAAUGGCCAGAACCAGCAGCCCGGUCACCCAGACCUCCAACCAUACACCAUGGCCGAUGUCCCAGCUGGCGGCCAAAUCGAGCACCUCUACCAUGUCAACCGUAUGACGGUCCCAGCUGCACCACCGCCAAACAUUCCGCUGAACCAGGCUCGUGCAACACUGGCUGAUCUGGCAAAUGGCGUUACGCAGCAUCCACCACCGGGACAAAGAGGUGUGCUGACUAAGUGCAUCCUGUGGGCGAUAGCGAACAGCCAGGAUGCCAAUUACGAUACCCACAACCUUAUGACUAUCGUGAAUAUGGCGGGCAACAACUUUGUGCCAGAUGCUGGCGCGAACACUUUGACUUGGGAUCAGGAUGGGAUGACGGAUACGCAAACUAUCCCGCGACCAUAA